UGAACUAUGGGAUUACUAAAGUGGAAGGACAGCCUCUUCACACAGAGCUGAACAGGCCCAUGGACAAUUGCAACAAUCUCAGGAUGUCUCCAGCGAAAGGGAUGCAGGAGAAGGGGGAACUGGACGAACUUGGUGAUAAGUGUGACAGCAAUGUCUCCAGCAGCAAGAAGAGGAGACACAGAACAACUUUCACCAGUUUACAGCUGGAGGAACUGGAGAAAGUAUUCCAGAAAACUCACUACCCUGAUGUUUAUGUAAGAGAACAGCUAGCUCUGAGAACAGAGCUCACUGAGGCCAGAGUCCAGGUUUGGUUCCAAAAUCGAAGAGCAAAAUGGAGGAAAAGAGAACGUUAUGGUCAGAUCCAGCAAGCUAAGAGCCAUUUUGCUGCCACCUAUGAUAUAUCUGUUCUUCCAAGGACUGAUAGCUACCCUCAGAUUCAGAACAAUCUGUGGGCAGGGAAUGCAGCUAGCGGUUCUGUGGUUACUUCCUGCAUGCUACCACGAGAUACGUCCUCCUGUAUGACACCUUAUUCCCAUUCACCUCGGACAGAUUCUGGCUACACAGGCUUUUCAAACCACCAGAAUCAGUUCAGCCACAUGCCCCUCAAUAAUUUUUUCACUGACUCUUUACUUUCUGGGGCAACCAAUGGACAUGCUUUUGAAACCAAGCCGGAGUUUGAAAGGAGGUCUUCCAGCAUUGCAGUUCUACGGAUGAAGGCCAAAGAGCAUGCUGCCAAUAUUUCCUGGGCCAUGUAAUAUAGCAGUAUCCUUUCUUCAUUUUCUUUUCUUUUUUUUUUUUUUUUUAAUAGCAAACUGAAAACAUUUUUAUUUCCCAUAUUUAAAGGACACAACAAUAAGCUACUGUGUGUGGAAUGCUAGAAAUCACAAUAUAGACAAAGUCUGCUUAAACAAAUGCAAUAUAAUAUUUAACAAUAAAACAAGAAUAAACCAAAUAGAUUUACCAUGCAUCAAGCUCAACAAGCCCUCUUUGUUUUGUUGUUUUUUUUUUUUAUAUAGAAAUAUGUUUCGUUGUACCAGUUGAUGAAAUAUGAUUAUAGAACCUGGAAAACAGAAUAAAACUAUUAAGCAAA